GGAGGUUCUCCGUGGGCCGAGAAAACCACCCCAAAUCGCCCAAAGCUGUCUCCUUUCCUUCUUCCUCUACCCACCACCCUGCCUCCCCAUCUCGCGUCGCCUCCGCCGCCCGCCCACCAUGUGGAAGCGCGCCACCUCCGUCCUCCUCCACCACCACUCCGCCCUCACCUGCCGCUCCCCCGCGAUCGCGGGAGCCUCCGCGGCGGCGGCGGCGGCGGCGGCUGGUCUCCUCCUCCGCGCGCCGCCGGCGCCUUCCUCCUUCUCCACGCUCGAUGCGGCGCAGGUGAGGACGAGAGUGGAGGAUGUGAUGCCGAUCGCCACCGGGCUCGAGCGGGAGGAGAUCGCCGCGGAGCUCCAGGGGAAGAAGAGGUUUGAUAUGGACGCACCCGUCGGGCCCUUCGGUACCAAGGAAGCUCCAGCUGUUAUUCAGUCAUACUACAACAAGAGGAUUGUUGGUUGUCCCGGCGGUGACGGAGAGGAUGAACAUGACGUUGUGUGGUUUUGGUUGGAGAAAGGCAAGCCACAUGAAUGCCCUGUCUGCACGCAGUAUUUCACGCUUGAGGUGAUAGGAGAAGGAGGAAACCCUGAUGGGCAUGAUGACGAAGACGACGAUCACCACCAUCAUUAAGGUUGGAGAAGUCAUCUCUAGUAAUAAAACACUGGAUAUGGCCAUAUCCAUGUCAACCCUCAAUUCUGAUGACUUGGAGCAGCAUCGGGUUUUGGAAAACACAGUUGUCUUUUUUAGAGAUUUGUUCAUGCAAAUAACAUGAUCCAGUAAACAAUGAUGUACUUUUCUUUUUCAGCACACCGUAGUCGAAUCAAGAUAGAUAUGUUUGUUUGUUUGUUUUGGAUGAUCCCAUGUUCAAUGGUCACCUGAACUUUGGUGGAUGACCUGUUAUCUGAUAAUUUCCCACACAUUUGGCCCUGUUCAAUGAACUCUAAACAAAUGAAAGUCAACAUUCUGAUGAUCC